CUGUACUACUACUAUAUAAACAUACGCGUACCGUCAACGGUCAACACAGUCCUUUCUCAGGAGGUGCAAAACUACCACCAUGAAAUCAGCUUUCGCUCUUUUGUUUUGCCUUUUCGGCUACGCUGCCUCCAGUGCCGUCGGCUAUGUAGGAGUUGUCGGACUCCACGGUCUGGCUCAUGAUGACGGUCAAUGGAAGCCCCAUUUGGACGGUUCCGUCCUCGGAUCAGGAAAUUUGAAGUGGGGACACCACGAUGACGGACAGUGGAAGCCACUUUUGGACAACUCUCUCGCUGGACAAUCUGGACACGGUCUCCUCGCUCACGGAGUCGUCGCUCACGGUCUCGUCGGACAUGGACUUGUAGGACACGGACUCGUCGGACACGGUCUCGUCGGACACGGACUCGUCGGACACGGUCUCGUCGGACACCACUUGUACAAGAGGUCCGUCUGGGGAGUCAACCCUUACUCCCUCCCUGUCCCACUCGACACUCCCUACGUCGCUCACGCCAAGCACGCCCAGCUCGUCCAACAGCACACCGAAGGAACCAGGAACGUCCUCGGAGGCGGUGUCCCACUCCACCUUCCCGCUGACACCCACGAAGUCGCCGUCGGCAAACAGGCUCACGCCGUCGCUCACGCCAGGCAAAACGCUUUGACUCACGCUCAUGCUUACGCCAACGGUCUUCACGGAGUUGCUGCUGUCGCUCCCGUCGCCGCCGUCGCUCCCCUCGGCUUGGCCGGAGUCGGAGUUCACGGAGUCCACGGUGUACACGGUCUCGGAGUUCACGGUCUCGGAGUUCACGGUCUCGGAGUCCAUGGAUACGGAGUCCAUGGUUACGGAGUCCACGGUGUUCACGGUCUUUUCUAAGCGUGAUAAAAUGUAAUAAAACAACCAACUGAAAACCUCCUUGUCCUAACGAAAAUACACUAUUUUUUUAAUAAAAAGAA